AUGUAUAUAAUCGCUGAAUAUGUAUGUAUAGACAUGUAUAUAAUCGCUGAGGUGCACGUAGUGAGCAUAUGCAUGUAUAUCAGUGAAACUUUGCUUGGUCUUUCUUUUAGGAUUUCCCCUCUGUCAUUUUUUCAAGUAAAUACUCCAGCAGCUGAAAUUCUAUAUUCGAAUGUUAAACAAAUGUGCAAGUUACAUGAGGACGUUGUUCUUCUGGACCUGUGUUGCGGCACAGGCACGAUAGGAUUGUGCAUGGCCAACGAUGUUAACAAAGUUAUUGGUGUUGAAUUUAAUGAACAAGCAAUAGAAGAUGCUAAGGCAAAUGCUCAAAUUAAUGGAAUAACGAAUGCUGAUUUUAUUUGCGGAAAAGUGGAAAAUGUGUUGAUCUCUGUUUUGAAAGCCGUCAAAGAAACUGAUGAAGUGGUGGUUGUCGUUGAUCCGCCGAGAGCUGGAUUACAUACAGAUGUUAUUCGUGCAAUAAGAAAAACUGCAUGCAUCAGUCGCAUAGUUUACGUGGCUUGUAAGUUAUCUGCUGUCUCAACAAAUAUUGCUGACCUCACAAGACAAACAUCAAAAAGAUUUGAUGGAAAGCCGUUUCGACUGAUGGAGGCGAUGGUUGUUGAUAUGUUCCCACAUACAGAGUUGUAUGAAACUGUCUUACUUAUUGAAAGAUAAUAAAAACGCCUUGCAUUCGAAAUUUGUUUCAAUUCCAUUUUAUUAUAAUAAAUUGUUUUUUAAGUUUUUGGCAUUAUCGGCUUAACAUGCAUUCAAACGAAAA